AUGUCUGCGGAGCAAUCUACAAACAACAUGCCUUCCUUCGACGAGCCAAAAAACGUCGAUGACGUACGCGUCCUCGGCUACGAUCCUCUGAUCCCCCCGGCGUUACUGUCAGACGAGCUGCCUAUCCCCGCACAUGCCGAGCAGACAGUCGUCCAAGGGCGCAAAGACGCCGUAAAGAUCAUCACACAGGAAGAUGACCGUCUCCUCGUCAUGGUCGGACCUUGCUCCAUCCACGACCCUGAGACGGCCAUUGAGUACUGCAAGCGCCUCAAGGAGCUCGCCGACAAGCUCCAAGACAACAUAUGCAUCAUCAUGCGCGCCUACCUCGAGAAGCCCCGCACAACUGUUGGCUGGAAAGGCCUGAUCAACGACCCAGAUAUCGACGAGAGCUACAAGAUCAACAAGGGUCUUCGCGUCUCGCGCAAGCUCUACAUUGAUCUUACAUCGCAAGGCAUGCCCAUUGCCUCUGAGAUGCUUGACACUAUCUCCCCUCAAUUCCUCGCAGACCUCAUCUCUCUAGGUGCAAUCGGGGCACGAACAACUGAGUCUCAGUUGCACCGCGAGCUUGCUUCUGGUCUCUCUUUCCCCAUCGGCUUCAAAAACGGCACUGAUGGAGGUCUGACCGUCGCAGUCGAUGCCAUUGGCGCUGCAAAGGCUAAACACCACUUCAUGGGUGUGACCAAGCAGGGUCUGGCUGCCAUCACAAGAACGAGCGGCAACGAACACUGCUUCGUCAUCCUCCGUGGUGGAUCCCGUGGUACUAACUUCGAUUCCGAAAGCAUCAAGGGCGCGCGGGAAGCUCUGAGGAAGAAGGGUCUUCCUGAGGUCCUCAUGGUCGACUGCUCUCACGGCAACUCCAACAAGGACCACCGCAAUCAGCCCAAGGUCGCCAAGGUCAUCGCCGACCAAAUCCGCGAGGGAGAGACUGGCAUUGUCGCCGUCAUGAUUGAGUCCAACAUCCACGAGGGCAACCAGAAGGUCCCCGCCGAGGGCCCCAGCGGACUCAAGAAGGGUGUCUCCAUCACCGACGCUUGCAUCGACUGGGAGAGCACCGUCACCGUGCUUGAGGAUCUCUCUGCCGCUGUUGCGGAGCGCCGAUCAAAGGCUACCAAGCAGACCAACGGAGCGUAAUAGAGUGUGCCAAAGAAUAUGUUUCUGUCGUGAUGGGAAAUUUGUAUGUAUGACCAUAGGGUAAUGGCGGCUCAGGUUGGACUGGGCGUAAAAGGUGGAUUUGCAUUUAGAGGCUCGGGGUAAACGCACGAACACCAAUGAUAUGACUGUGCUUCUUCGUUGAAUCGAU